AUGGAAAGUGAGGAUGUAUAUGGAACUUUGAAGUAUGAAAGUGGUGUACAUCGUGUACAACGUGUACCAGCUACCGAAGCAAGUGGACGAGUACAUACUUCUGCUGCGACUGUAGCUGUGAUGCCCGAGGCAGAGGAAGUUGAUUUUGAAUUGAAAGAAUCGGAUCUGAAAAUGGAAACUGCUCGUAGUGGUGGUGCUGGA